AUUGCUCUCCUUGUGCCAAGUUGAACAACGCGUACAUUUGACUGCCAACUUAUCCUCCUUCCCCAGAGUGCCCGUUCACAGUGUCAGAGGCUCGGAACAACGUCACAAUCUGAGACAUAUAUUUCUUCAGUCUCACCACUAAUCAAGGCUCGGCAUAUCGGACAUUCAAUGCCUGCUCCGAGUCCGAACACCGCCCCGAUUCCUACUGCAUGACAAAUGAACGAAAACACGGCGACUAGAUACCCCGUCAAUUACCUGCAGCAUGAUUCCAAGCCAACCAUGGACGGCCUUAACUCCGGCAAAUUUCCAGGCUCGAGGACGGAGAUAGCAGUCCUAACCCCGAGGGAUCUUCCUGCUAUAAAAACACCGAGAUGACAGCAAGCAGGGUCAGAUAGCUCCCAAGAGAAUAUACCAUACCUCUUACUGAGAAAUUUAAUCCUACCUUUAACAAUGGCACCAAUGUACGCCAAAGACCAACCCACCGGGUUCACCAACCGUAUCCAACGCAUCGCCAUUGUUGGAGCCGGUGGCUCCGUCGGACAACCCAUCACUCAAGCCCUCCUUCAAACAGGCAAACACACCAUCACGGCCCUAACCCGGGCGGGCAGUCAAAGCCCUCUCCCCUCCGGCGUCCAUUCCAUCCCAGUGGACUACAACUCCCCCGACAGCCUCUCCAACGCCCUCCUCAACCAAGACUGCCUAAUCAUCACCCUCUCCGUGCAAGCACCCCCGGACACACAAUCCAAACUCAUCCAAGCCGCCGUCACCGCCGGAGUGAAAUAUGUCAUGCCCAACGUCUGGGGCUGCGACGUCAUGCACCAGCCGUUCGUCAACAGCGGGAUACACUGGGAACGGCUACGCAAUGCCCUCAACGAAAUCGAAUCCAAGGGCCUCACCUGGACAGCUCUAGUCUGCGGCUUUUGGUAUGAACACAGUCUUCUCCUCGGGUCUGGAGGAUUCGGGUUCGAUUUCACGGAGAAGAAACUCACGUUGAACGAUGACGGGAAUACGAAGAUCAAUGUAAGCACGCAGACGCAGUGCGGACGGGCAGUGGCUGCGCUGCUGAGCUUGAAGCUUUUCCCCGAAAAUGAGCAUGAUAAAGAGGUGACGCUGAGCCGGUGGUCGAAUAAACCGGCGUAUAUAUCCAGUUUCUUGCUCAGCCAGAGAGAUAUGUUUGAGAGUUGGAAGAGGGUUACCGGUGACGAUGAGGAACAGUGGACAGUAGUACAAGAAGGGUCGAAGGAACGAUACGAGAGAGGACUGGAGAUGAUGAGGAAUGGAGAUCGGGCUGGGUUUCUGCUAGCCAUGUAUUCGAGGGUGUUUUUUCCCCAAUGGCGAUGGAGAUCAUGAACAUCGGGUGGGAUUGGAUAAUGAGGUCUUGGGCUUACCGGUAGAGGAUCUGGAUGAACAGACCCGAAGGGCCAAGGGGAUGUUGGAUAGGGGGUAUCAUUAUUUUACUAACCGUGUCUAGAUGGUGAUGUGAUCAUUGCCUUUAAUUAUUCUAAUUGGAUGAAUCUAUAUAGCUCAUUUGUCGGAGCCCUUCCUAAGUCGCUGCCAAGCCAC